GACGCGAAUAUCCUCUAUAGGCGUUAUUUCUUUGCUGAAGCUUGUUACACACUGUAGCAGCUACUAAACCUGAACCAUAAGUGUAUUCAGUCAUCUUUAACAAAUGGAGUGCUGCAUUGUAUCUGCGCUGUGCUGUCUCAUAGCUCUUUAUUUACUCACUCACCUCCUGGGCUUUAUUUUCGCGGAUGCAGACUUCACUCUGCUGUGGGCGAGUGUGUUAGGACACAGGCCAGAGAAUAAGCUGAAAGGGCUGGUGGUUUGGGUCACUGGAGCCUCCAGCGGUAUUGGAGAGGAGCUGUCCUACCAGCUAGCGAGGUGUGGGUCACGUCUCAUCCUGUCUGCUCGACGUGAGGAUGAGCUGAAUAGGGUAAAACGUUGCUGUUUAGAGCGCUCCGACCUCCAGGAUGAAGACAUUCGUGUUCUUCCACUUGAUUUGAUGGAGAGGACAUCGCACGAGGAAAAAACAAAAGCUGCGAUUCAGUGCUUUGGACACAUUGAUGUCCUAAUUAACAAUGGCGGCCGAAGCCAGCGCUCUGUGUGCCUGGAGACCAGUGUUGAUGUGUAUCAGGCCUUGAUGGAGCUCAACUUCCUGGGUACGGUCUCCAUCACCAAGCAGGUGCUGCCUCACAUGACGCAGCGAGGCACUGGGAGCAUUGUGACUGUCAGCAGCGUAGCCGGCUUCGCUGGGGUACCCCUAGCAACAGGAUACUCUGCCAGCAAACACGCUCUUCAGGGUUUCUUCAAUUCCCUUCGGACUGAGCUGACUGACUAUCCAAACAUACUCAUCAGCACAGUGUGUCCAGGGCCUGUGCAGUCAAAGAUUGUCCAAAAUGCCUUCACAGAGGAGCUGAACAAUUCCGUGGCUGCAGCUGGUGACCAGGAGUACAAGAUGCCAACAACUCGCUGUGUGCGUUUAAUGCUGGUGGGAAUUGCCAAUGGUGUCAAGGAAAUGUGGAUCGCACAGCAGCCCUUCCUCAUGUUUUGCUACGCCUGGCAGUACGUUCCCACAUUUGCCUGGAUCAUCACAAACAGGCUGGGCAAAAAAAGGGUGCAGAAUUUCAAAGCUGGUCUGGAUGCAGACUCUGCAUACUUCACUAAACCCAAGGCCAAGACCUCCUGAGAUUCACAUCCUCAAGAGGAAACACAUUUAUUGCAUUCCUGAUGUUCGACCUGGAAAGUGAUCUGGGUUUUCUUUACUUUCAUCUCAAAGGAAAACAUUUAACGACACAACUGCUUUGAAAGCUCAGAGCUCCCUUCUCAGAGCAUGGCAGGGUCUGAUAAAAAUGGGUGCAUUUUUAUUAUUUCAUUAUGAAAAUCUAAAUUAAAUCCUAUAUUUUACGAUUUUUUGUGUAACAAACAUCUUCAGAUUAUCUGAACUUCUGCCUGAAAAGCCUACAUUAAUUGAUAACAUGAGGAUUAUGAUACUAACCUUUUGAAUGCCUAAUAAAUUUUGUUUUGGAUAUAU